ACGGCCGUGUGUCCCUCUGCCUCCAACUCUGAACUCUCUGCUCAUGUCAGUGCAAACUUUCAAGUUUGGGUUUUUCUGAACAUUUCUGGAACCUCUGAACCCACUCUCUUCAUUUCCUGGUCCCCCCCCCCCCAAAUCAUCUCAAUGGCUUCCUGUAGCCUAGGGACAUCAUAUACUAAAGUUACAAACUUGAACUUGGGUAGAACAAGAGUUGGGAUUUCACAAUCUUAUGGUGCAAGAACUUGGACACUGCAAAGACCGCAGCUUUACUCAGGUUUAUCAAUAUCAAGACGGAUAGAGAAAGUGUUACAUGUGCGCAGCGCUCCAUCUUUAGAAAUCAUAUCUGCUACAAAUUUAGAAGACGCUUCUGAAGAGAGUGAUUGUGGUUCAGCAAGCCCACGCAUUCCAAACUUUGAUGAGAUACAGUCUAUGCUUUCAACAAUAUGCGAUACAACUUCAGUUGCAGAGGUUGAGUUAAAACUCGGUGGAUUUCGGUUACAUGUGGUGAGGGAGUUGACUGAAGAAGGUAGCACUCCACCUCCUCCAAUUCCUGCUCCUGUCAGUGCAAGUACACCUGCUGAUGCACCCAAAUCAAAUGGAUCAGUUUCUUCACAAUCUUUAGCUAUCACUAGACUAGAAUCUUCUUCAAGAGAUAUCCAAACAUUAUUAGAUAAAGCUGCUGAUGAAGGCUUGGUGUUAAUUCAGUCUCCACGAGUGGGGUCAUUUAGAAGAUCUCGAACAAUAAAGGGAAAGCGUGCUCCUCCAUCAUGUAAAGAGAAGCAAAUAGUGAAAGAGGGCCAAGUGAUUUGCUACAUUGAACAGCUAGGAGGAGAGCUUCCAAUUGAGUCUGAUGUGGCCGGGGAGGUCAUCAAGAUACUACGGGAAGAUGGUGAACCUGUUGGAUACGGUGAUGCCCUGAUUGCAGUUCUCCCCUCGUUUCCUGGGAUUAAGAAGCUUCAAUAGACAAUUGGUUUGAUAUUUGUGUACUGGAAUAAAGGACGAUUUGUUCCAAUUUUCUUUCUUUCUUUCUUGUUUUUUUUUUUUUUUUUUGCUCCGCCCAAAUUUAUACUUGCCUUUACUGUAUGGCUUUUUUUAACUGGAUGUUUUUGAAUGAGCUCUAUACAUGAAACUGGAUUGGAACUGGCAUGUAGAGGCUUUUACGAGUACCAUUUCCACUAUCAUACUGAUUCUGCUGCCUCUUGCAUGAGCUAAUUCUAGUAUGCUACCUUGCGGCUCAGUUUGUC